AUGCUACCUCCAGCACCGCUCCCUCUACCGGGAGGGGAGCGCUGGAUGAGCUCUCUGCUGGUGCUGGUGCUGGACCAGCCAGACUUCAAGCCGAGUGGACUGCUCGCCAAGGAGAGCAAUCAGGUGAACGGGACUGCUCUCAAGUACCAUGAGCCGCCUGAAGCGAAGAAGCCAAAGAGGAAGUGGAGGAUGUACGUUUUCAAGGAUGGCAAGGAGGUUGACUUACUCCACCUCUCCCGUCAAUCCUGCUACCUCUUCGGCAGAGACCAAGCCGUCGUCGAUGUUCCCCUCGAGCACACCUCGUGCUCAAAGCAACACGCUGUACUUCAGUAUCGUCUACUGAUUGAGCGCAAUGAAUUUGGAGACGAAAAGAGGAAUAUCAAACCGUAUCUCCUAGAUCUCGCCUCGGCAAACGGCACAACGGUGAACAAGCGUGAUGUUCCCGCUUCGAGAUACUACGAGCUCAAGAAUGGUGACACGAUCCAAUUCGGGGGCAGUGAGAGGGAGUAUGUGCUUUUGUGUGAGGAUUAA